AUGUUCUGGCAGAGGCAGUCAGCCUAGAGCAAGAGGGACUACGCCUGCUGGAGCAGCAUGAAGAUACAUAUUUGGCUUCAGAAUACCUCGUACUGUGCUCAAAACAUGCAGGAUGAUUUACUGAUGGACAAAAGCAAAGCUCAGCCCCACCAGCAUCAAGAGCCGUCAAAUACAGAGCCUCCAUCCACCCCGACCCCCUCCGAGCCUCCGAUCCUGGACGAGCAGAACCACGUCGGUCACUCCGAGCGGGUCGCCAUGGAGUCUCCGGUGUUACCGGGUUUGGGUUUCCCUCAGGAUUCCUCUCUCUCGCCGUCGUUCGGCAGCACUUGGUCCACCAACACCGUAGACGAAGGCUUUUUCCAAGGGAUUCCGUCGGUAAACGGGACGAUGCUUUUUCAAAACUUUCCCCAUCACGUCAACCCGGUGUUCGGAGGUAAUUUUUCUCCGCAGAUGAGAAGGUCUCCGCUGAGUGUGAACCAGAGGAACCCCUACAGCCACCAGACCCUCAUCAAUAAAGUGUCCGCAUCGUCCGCUUCUUCGUCCGCCUGGAAUAACCAUCAGAACGCGGUGUGGAGCUCCGCGGCGAACCCCUGGAGCGGCAGAGACCCGCGGAGAGCGCUCGGGCUCGGCGUCCCGUCUCCGCUCAACCCCAUCUCCCCGACGAAGAAGCCCUUCCCGAGCAAUGUCAUCGCGCCCCCGAAAUACCAGAGACCCGGAGCACUGCAGAAACCCUGGAUGAACUCAGAGCCUCUGGAACCCUUCAGAACCGACAACAGCAACAACAUGCUGCCAUUUCAGGAACGAAAUCGACCCUUUGACCCAUUCAACUUGCAAACUUUGGAGAAUUCCUUAAUGGACAUGAUUGGAACAAACCAUGACAAAGGUAAACAUCACCCUGCUGCUGGCCCACCAGUGACUAUCGCUGAUAUUAUAUGGAGGAAUCAUUUUGCAGGUCGCAUGGGUCUCAACUUUCACCAUCCAGUAGCUGAACACAUAUUACCACUGAACUGUCGCUCUUCACUGUUUCCUUUCGAGGACGGCUUCCUGGACGACGGUCAUGGAGAUCAGUCUCUGACCCCUGGCCUGAGCUCCCCCAGCCGCUGUCAGAACGGAGAGAGGAUGGAGCGCUACUCCAGAAAGGUGUUUGUCGGUGGACUGCCACCCGACAUCGAUGAAGAUGAGAUCACCAACAGUUUCCGUCGCUAUGGUCACCUGGUGGUGGACUGGCCUCAUAAAGCAGAAAGCAAAUCCUAUUUUCCCCCUAAAGGUAAUGACACUGACAUCAUCUCUCCUGCUGUCCAGAUUCGCCCGUGGAACCUGAGUGACAGUGAUUUCGUGAUGGAUGGCUCUCAGCCUCUUGACCCACGCAAGACCAUUUUUGUGGGAGGCGUUCCACGACCUCUACGAGCAGUGGAGCUGGCUAUGAUCAUGGACAGACUGUAUGGAGGUGUGUGUUACGCCGGCAUUGACACUGAUCCAGAACUCAAAUACCCUAAAGGUGCGGGCCGAGUGGCCUUCUCCAAUCAGCAGAGCUACAUCGCUGCCAUCAGUGCCCGAUUCGUCCAGCUGCAGCAUAAUGACAUUGACAAACGGGUGGAGGUGAAACCAUACGUGCUGGACGAUCAGAUGUGCGAUGAAUGUCAGGGCGCUCGCUGCGGAGGAAAGUUCGCCCCUUUUUUCUGUGCCAACGUCACCUGUCUGCAGUAUUACUGCGAGUACUGCUGGGCGAGCAUCCACUCACGCGCCGGCCGCGAGUUCCACAAACCGCUGGUGAAGGAAGGCGGAGAUCGACCUCGGCACGUGUCCUUCCACUGGAGCUGAUGAAGCGGCACAUCACCCUCUCCACCCACAGAUCUCCCCUCUCAUCUUGUUUUUAGAAAACAAAUAUCAUGAUAUCUCUGUCCACUAUAUUCUCUGCUUACAAACACUUAGGAAAAUAUGAAUUUUGAGUCUGCGUGCUCAAACGUUGCACUUUGGCACAAACAGUCGAUGUUAACGCUUAUCAGGAUGUUGUGCUUUAAUUCUAUCAUUAUCCUUCGUUUGAUUGGUUUAGUGCUCCAUAUAGGUAACAUUAGGCAGUGUGAGACUACAUAUAUAAUAUAUACAGUACAUUUACAAAAAGGAUAUAUUUUUAUUUUAUAUUUAUCUAUAUACACAUAGAUAAUACAUUUUGGGUGUCAGACUUUUUAAAGGAGCAUGCACUUAUUGUGAAAAACAGAGUGGUAGGAAUUUCCCCCCUAGAUGUUGACAAAAAAAGUUACCAAAGGUAAAAAGAAUUCAUUAAGAAAAUCGUGUUUAAGUGAGCUGUUAAAACACACACACACACACUUGAGUUAUUAGAGUAAAACCCCAUUUGCUCUCCAUGUUGAAAUGAAUAGUAAUAGGCUACCUCAUGCAAGCAUGUCUUUCUGUUCGCUUCAGUUUUUUAGGCUUAAUUUUUUACGAGUUUUUUUAGUAUUAUCUACAUGUAAUGCUGCAAUAGCUUUUGCUGCUAAAUCCGUGGUAUGAGUCCAUACGGUCAUACUUUAUUCAGGAGAACGAGCGCUCCGAAGGGUCUGCGUCUGCACCGAAACUGCAUGUUAAUGAGUCUGCGAUGCAUGCUGUAAAAUCGGGUCUCACUUUCAUUUCCUCCACGAUGGACGAGCGAUAUGGAGCAUUAUGGAUGCUUAUUUCCACCACAGGAAAAAAAAAA